CCCGCUCCUCCCCACCAAGGCUCUGCCUCACAACCCUCCUGCCCCUACCCGCCACUCACACCGCGGCCAUGGCGGCAGCCGAACAUCGGCUGCCCAGUCCGGACGCCUUCUUGGGCCAGCCCUGGUCGAGCUGGAUCGAUGCCGCCAAGCUUCCGUCCACCGAGAGGUUACUGUCGAGCGACAGCGUCAAGGAUACGGGGAAAAAUCGUGAAGUGAUGAGACUCAACAGAGACGAUAUGCAUAUAUUUGGUUGCUGCCCGGCGCAAGACGAGUUCUAUUUGGUGAUGUGCAAUCAAUGCAAGCAGAAUAUCAAACCACAAGCCUUCCAGUCCCACUGCGAGAGGAGACAUGGUCUACCCAGGAGAUCUUCCACGUCGCCCUCUGCACAGUCUCACCUUCAGACUCUGCCAAAGAAACACAAAUCGAGUGGCGGCGGAAGCAACAGUAGCAGCAGUCAGAGGGGGGCGGAUGGAAGUGUACGGCAUCCCAAACCACACAGGGAUAAACCCGGAGACAGGUCUUCAGCCAACACGUCCUCCUCACAGGAAAGAACGGUCGGAAAAUGCGUGCAAGCGUCCAGUCAAGAGCGGCUGACCAAUCACACCAAGACGGAGAAGGGCCUGGGCCGAUCGAACUCGAUGUUCACCGCUUCGUCCAUGUCCACGUGUGGGAAGUCGGCGCCCUCGACCUCUCCGCAGAGGGCACCGUCGCCGACGGCGUCGGGACACAACCCCGCCUCACCGACCUCCAAAGCUCACUUAUCUUCCGCGUGCUCGCGACACGGGCUGCACUCCGCCGGCCUGUCCCACCCAUCGCCGCAGCAUAGGGCCGGCCUUGCCAACUCUUCCCCUCACCGCUCGUGCCAGUCGUCGUCGGGGCAGCACAGGUUGCACGGCGCGCACCCGCAGGUGUCGCCGCAGAAACUCUCUCACUGCUCCCCGCAGCACAAGCCGAAUUCGCAGGGCCCAACAUCGUCGGCCCAGCACAAAGCCCAGAGGCCCCUGCACCCAUCCCCGCAGCAGCAACAGCAACAACAGCAGCAGCACAAAGCUGGCUUCAGCUCGGGCUUGUCGCAAUCCCAGCACAAGAGUGAUAAGAGCAGCGCGGCGGCGGCGGCAGCAGCGACGACAACAAGCUUGCAGCAGAAGCAGCCGCAGUCGUCCCCGCAGCACAAGGCGAGUGGCCACUCCGGUGCCGGCGCUCCCACGGGGAACGCUGCAUCGCAGCCGAAGUCGUCGUCUGGCGGCUCCGGCUCUGCAUCAACAGGACUGCUCAAUUCGUCGCCGCAGCGGCCGCAGCACAAACCCGGGUUGCCGAAGUCGCAAGUGCCGACCCACUCUUCUCCACAGAAACUCCCUCAUCCAUCUCCGCAGCACAGCAAGCCCGUCCCGGGACUGUCGGCCUCCACUCGGCAGCCGGCUCAAGCAAAGGGCUCUGCCUCCUCCUCCGCCGCUGCUUCGCAAGCGCAAGCCGCGUCGAGUUGCGCGGCGGGACAGCAACAGGCGUCCCCGCACGACCGGCACGUACCCCCCUCGCCGGGUCACCCGCACAGGCCGAGUUCUGCCUCGCUGACCACUGCUCAGGAGUCUACGAACUCUCUGGCAGCACACAAAGCGGACGGGAUUCCGGCGGCCCAGGGUCACUCGCACGCGCCCGGUUCCACGGCAACGUCGGCCACGCCGGCGGCCCGCUCGCCAGAGCACAAGCCACCCUCCGGCAGCAAGAGCGGCGCCCUGGAGCCGAGCCAGAAGGCGAAUGGAACGAAGAAGAUCUCCACGUACAAGCGGCUGCAAGAUCGGGACUUUGAUCCAAACAGCCAUUGUGGAGUGUGGGAUCCCCAGUCGGAGAGACAAUGCACACGCUCCCUGACCUGCAAGACGCACUCUCUGAGCCAGCGACGGGCCGUGCCGGGGAGGAGGAAGCAGUUCGACACGCUGCUUGCCGAGCACCGGGCGCAGUCGCGGGAGCGCGAGCGUGAGAAGGAGCUGCAGCAGGCGCUGCGGGACUCCGCCGCCCAGCACGCGCCCCACAGGGCGGCGCAGACGCCCGCCUCCACCCUGUCUCCCGCACGUGCCAAGCCCAGCACCAUCACCAGGCAUUCGAACAGCCCGUCUUGCCCGGGCCCCCCGGAGCCGGCUCCAAGCCCACCGGGGUUCUCGGUGGACAUCGGCAACCGAGUGUGGAGCGACGGGGAAGAGGAAGGGCCCAAUGCGGAGCCGCCCGAGAAACUGGACUGCCAGUACUCGGGCAACCACCCUCGCCCGCAUGGGUACUGCACGUUCGGGAGCCGGAGGCUGGACAGCAGGUUUUAUGCGUAUGACCGGAGGUGGGAUCGUUGCAGAGGCGCCCUCACCUCCAUGACGGAGAGGCUCCUCAACGCCCAGCUGUGGCGGAAAAUCCCUCCGGCGGCGGAAUGCACCGUCUCGUCCCCUCCUCCUCCGGCGCUGGGCUGCAUGCUGCCCUCGGCGGGCUUCCCACAGCUCUCUUUCCCCCCCACGUACUUGCCGUCUGUCGCGGGCCACGCGCCCAUGCUGCUCAGUCCACCUCCGGCCUUCCUGAGUCCCACCGAGCCCACGUUCGUCGGCGGACCCCCGUCGGUUUCCGGCGUGCCGUUCCCCGUCGGCGCGCACGGCGCCACCUUCGGGUUCCUCGACCCCGCGCUGGGCACCGGCCUCAAGCCGCCCGCCGCCCACGCGCUGGCUCCGCCGCACUCCAUCCCGGCGGCUGGCGGCGGCGCUCUGACGGGCCCCACGUCCCGGCCGACGAAGCACCGGCUCGGGAAGUCCGCAAAGCUCAAGGAUGGCGGCGGCGGCGUGACCGAGAAGAAAGUGCGACACUCGUCGCCGUCGUGCUCGCCUGCCGAAUCGCCACGCCAACAACACUGUGCGGGGGCCGUCGGGCCGGGGGGCGGCAGCUCGACGAGCCUCUCCCCGGCCUCGCCGCCCUUCACCGGCCAGGGAGGCGGUGGUCACAGCACCAGCAAUGGUGGUGGUAAGCCCGAGACGGCGGGCAGGACCGGGGUAGACUCGAUUCGGCAGAUGAGCGUGGUUGUAAGCAGCAUAGACUCCUCCGCGGACGUGGCCGGAGCAACGGCGCCGCCAGCGCUGUCGGCCGCGAGUCACCACCAGCCAGAGGACCUGAGGCGGCCUUCGCGGGUGGCCCGGCCGCCGCCGCCGCCCACGCCGCACCACCAGGCGGAGGAAAACCGGCGGCGCUCGUCCCAGCCCCCGCCGAGCUGCUACGGGGAGGACGGGAGAAGGACCGGGCAACCCCCGCAGCAGCGAGUGGAAGAGCGCAGGAGGACGACGGCUCACUCUCCGCCGCCUGCGCCUCCGCCGGCCACCGCCACCACCGCGCAGCCUGCGGAGGGGAGGAAACGGAAAGCGCCCAGCAGCCCCAAGCCGAGCAAGGCUUGCAAGUCGUCGAGCCUGAACAGCGUGCACGGCAAGAGCCCGUCAAUCUCGGGGAUGCCCAACAAUAGCAUUGUCCAGCAGGUGCGUUCUUCUGCCACUCGCGUUGGCCGCCGCGUGCCGCUUUAGCGCGCUUCGAGGCAGUGCGACACGGCCCUUGACAAUUUGGUUUGUUGUGACUCAAUUAGGGUAGUUACUCGAAAAAUCGGUUUUCGAAGUCGUGGAAUCUAUAAUCGAAUCCGGUGUAAAAACAAAAAAUUGUACCAAAUUUUAUUUUGUCCAUUUGGAACGCGUGACUGGCCAAGCCGCAAGUGGGUUCCAGUGCCAUUUGUCAGCCACGCCACAGGCAUCAAACGGGGGCACUCAAUUGCAAGUAUCGUCAGUCAGUUUUUGUGAUCCAACACAGACAAACGCACGGUGCUGAACUUUUAAUGUUAGACCUUUUUGUCAUGUGCGGCACACGAAUAGUCAUGUUUAAUAUAUUUUUUCAAGAGAUUCUCAAGAGUGCUAAUAAACCAAAAUUAACCAACCUAGACACUCUGCUCCUCCACCUAAGACUGGAAAAUAGCGGGACAUGCUUCAUGCUUGGUCAACUAAUUACAACUCGCCAUUAUUAGCUGAAAUUUAAUUUACAUUGCGAUUGCAAUCAAUUUCAUCAUGAAUGAUGCAAUUCCAAUGGUAAUUGACCCCAAUUGUGAUGUGCAUCACAGGAAACAUUGCAAUGGGGAGUUUUUUUUGUGGAGAUGCAAUUUCUUGUAUGUAUGGACUUCUUUCGCACCGUACGUAGUCAACCGUUCUAGUCGUAGAUGUGGGGGUGUAAGGACGACAAACUGAACACACACAGCAGUUCUAAACAGUUUUCAAUCCUUAGAUUUGAGAGUGCAUAGCUCCCAGGUGGCUUCCUAAUAUUGGAAGGAAGAACCUUGACUUGGAGAGGCGAGUCGACAUGGAUGACUUCAGUGAGGGAAUAUGGGGAGGUAUGUAGCGUCAAAGGAACUAAUCGACGGAGGGUUGCGUGAGAGCCUUGGUUGCAGUGGAAAGCACGUGGGGGAGGGCGAGUUGAGCGGUAGGAGGAGACGCGUACGUGGUGGAUUGUGAAAACGAUGAAGGUCAUCCGUUAGUCGACUCUACACUGCAGUGAAAGCUUGUGGGAGGGAAUGGAGGAUUUGGGUGAUUGUGGUCUUGUUUUCCAGCUGUGGAUUGAAAUCCUGGUGAGGUGACAAGGGAAAAUCCAAUUGCAACAGGAAAAAAUGUGUGCAGGCCGGAAAACAAAGUUGUUUUUUUUACUCGCAAAUGUGUGCACUGUGUAAAAGUAAAAAAGCUACCAGCCUUAAGUAUUAUGAAAGGCCACCAGUUCCCGACGAACUGCAUUGUGGUCAUGUGGGCAAGGAGUUUUGCGGCAGUGUUUCGGAUUUCUAGGUCUUUUUUGUGGGUUUUAGGGAGGCCGUGGAGGAUGGUUGCAAUUGGUCAAGUCGACCCUGGGAUAGAGAAGGCAUAGAUGGAGAGUCUGCGAUGGAAGGAGGCAAGAAAGUGACAGGUGUGGAAGCAGUUGCAGAUAUGGAAAGGUCUGCAAAGUUGAAUGAGAACUUGGGGAUUAAUGACGACUCCCAAGAUUGCACACAACUCUGCCAAGGCUUUGGUUCCGUUUUGGUGAUGUUUAGAUGGAGAAAUUGUUGAUCCGAGGAUGAGACCACAUCAAUAUGGGUAUGCAAUUGGACGGUGAGGUUGCUGAUAUUGGAGUCUAAAGCAGCCAGGUAGGUUAGGACUUGGAGAAAUAGGAGGUAAGAGAGAUGCUUGGUCAUUGGCCACAGGUAGGAGAGCAGUCUAGAAUAACCUCGGUGCAAGCCAGAUUGUGCUCGGUCAUGUAGACCAUGUCGGUAGAGGUGUGGGUAAAACUUGGAGAUGAUGACCCAUUUUUUUUGGCCUUUUUUGGAACGGAUUUUCAGUGAUGUUGAUUUUUUUUUAAUAGUUAGGGUGGAAUUAACUUUCCCAUUCCGAUGACGUCCUUGUAAGUCAUCAGUUUUUCUACAAAUUCCAUUCCUAUGACGUACCUGGUAGGCCCUCCCACACUGGAGGGUGUCUGGCACAGUUUGGCGACUGCUAUCCUAGAGUGCGGUCGUGACGCUACAGUUCUGCGGUGAGUAAAAUUUCCUUCAAAAAAUGGCAUGGUCAUGCCUCUCCGAAAUAAAAUUUACGCGGAAACCACUUGCGCGUUCCGAGAUUCUGCAGUGAACGGGAUCCACCCUGCAACUUGCAGACAUCUUGAAACGGUUAAACGGUUAACAGCAUUAGUUUUGAAGACCAGAGGAGCUGUAACCCAGAAGACGAGAUGGAGACAUUGGACUAAUCUGGUCGUGUAUAGUACUUGAUUGAAUCGGCAGUAUGUGGUUGGAGUUUGGUGGGAAGAGGAUCAAGGAUGACAUUACUCUCGGCUUGGCUGGGAGAUGACGCUUGUGUUUGUCAUUUGCGGUGACUGCUGGUAGAAAUGUCACGGCGAUUGUGAUGAGGUGGUAGCACGGGUGUCCGGAGAAACGAAUGAGAUGUGAACAUCGGGAAAGGCAUUUUUGGUUUUCUAAAUUCUGCAGCAAUGGAUUGUUUUGCGAGUUUUCACUUCAAACUAACUUUAAGUGUGCGUUCAAAUUGGCUUGAGGUUCACAUGAUCUUAUGAACUAGGCUAUUGUGAAUACAAUAUAUCAAUGAACUUUAAUCAUCCUCUCAUUGUAAUGAAACCAUCCCAGAGCGCAGAUCCCAUUUGGCAGCUGUCUCUGUGUAGCACGAGGUGACUUAACACCGAGCUUGGCGAGGGCAUUAGUUUGCCAGUAGGGGGGGGUUGAUUGCUACUUGAGUAAGUUGUGGCUUUUUCAAAGAAAAAAAUGUUAAUUGAACCUGAGAUUUACAUUGUCCUAAUUAUAUGGGGAAACUGGAGGAAACUCGUGAAAGAACAGGGGGAGAAUGUACCAACUCAAUACAAAGGCGCCCGAAUUGAAUCGAUCCCAGGUUCUCCUUGCCCCCUGCCACCCCCCAACUCGAGCCACCUCCAAAGGUUGAUGUGACAAAGCAUGCUUGUUGCUACCUCCAAUUUUCGAUGGUUAGGCAUGUGAAAUCGUUAAUCCAUUGGUCGAUUUUAUUAACAAGUCUCAUGAUUUGUCCGACUCCUGCCUUCUAAUGACCGAUUAUUUCAAUUCAUGUAUGUUGCUUUUUAAUUGGUUCAUUUGACUCCACCGGCCACCUAGAGGCCACGCUACAUUCACCACUGGCAAAAAUAUAUUUCAUUUUUUAAAUCAAAUUUAUGGCAAGUUAUCUCCAUUUUGUGACCCAAGUUGAAUCGCUAUAAACCUCGUGGUCAACACGACCUAACAUCUGGAAGUUUGUCCGAGUGUGUGGAUUCAGCCUUCCAUGCCUACCUGGGGUCAAUAAAUCCGAGUGCCACUUUGUGAAAGGUCACCAGUUUUUGUUCCUAUUGAAACAACUUCCCCCAUCAUAUGGAUGUGGAAUUUCCACAUUUUGCCUCUGAGCUUUAGAACGAUCAGCACCACUCUACACUGCCUCCUAAAUUUUAUUGGGAAGCCACCGACUGCACUUUUUUUAACUCGCAGUUUACAUUGAACAGGUUUUGAGUUGUGAAUUGACCUUUCAGCAGUCGUGCGUGCAAACACACGACCUAUGACCCCGUCCCCUGGAAUGCUCCCGAUCGGAAGCCGAGGGAGGCUUGGCGCCUGGAUAAGUGCACGUGCAUCAGUCACCAAUCUUGCACGCCAGGCAGUCGUAGGUGGCUCUGGGCUCUGCCACGUGAUAUCCAGCAGAGGUCCCUACAGCACAAUACAUUGUACUAUACUUCUCUGCAUCCACACAUGCUCAUCUGCCCUUUUACCUACCCGCACAGACCAGCAUGGCAGUCGAAUUAGCUCCCAUUACCCAGAAUGGAUUGACGGGGGUUGUACUGUAUAUGUACGCGCGAGGGGAAAUGGGUAUGCAUAGGCAUACUUUAUUUGGGUUUGCAAAGUGGUCUCAAGACUUGAGGGAAUUUUAAGGCAUCCCACAAUGGAAAGUGGAUUUUUUUUAGUUAGUGUCCACAUCCCAACGUUUGUGUUUAUUUUGUAUGUAGAGAGGCAGUCGUGGUCAAAUGUAGUAGCCUCCUUUUAGAGAGGUGACGUAAUCCCGUUUUCCACUUUCAAUGCGACCUCUAAUCAUUUCGUACACACGCGAUUUCGAUGCUUGUUACCGAUAUUAAUCGGUGAGUAAAUCUAAAGACAUCUCUAAUCCAAACGUAAGAUACAUUGUAUUCAUGAAUCAAUACAAUUUUAUUUUUAUAUAUAAAAAAAGUUAAUUGAACGCCAUGCAUUGGCCUCAAAUAGUGCUGGCAGAUCAGUGUGUGUGUUCCGUGGCCUCGAAACCUAAUUAAUAUUUAUUACUCGCCAAGAAAAUGUGGUGGAAUAUUGGUGCAGUGAUGUGAAUCGCUGCACUAUGUGAACCUGGUGAUCUGAGUGAUUCCUGACCACGGGUGUCAUUGGUGGCAUGGCAGAUGACAUCUGAACUCAUCCUGUUUUCCACCACUCCCCCUUUCCCCAAAUCACACUAUCCAGCAUGGUGACGUAUUGUCAAAUAACCCCCACGUCAAGUGGGAAACAGAUGCAAAUUCUGAGGAAAAAUACUUCAAAACCAUCCUUCAGGCCAAUUACAGCACCUUUUGAUUUCAACCCACGGAAAUUUACGGGAGUGACAUUCCAAUCGCAUAACUGAAAUAUCCACUUAAUUGUAACUUAAAAGCCUGUUGAAUCAUUGAUUUUUCAGAGGGCACCCCGAGUAAUUGUCUAUAUGGGCUGUUGAAUAUUUGGAUUGCGUCUCCCUCUUAUUUCUGGUCUCUUUUUUUAAAGAGGUCCGUUGGCACAGAUCGCAGGACUGAGCCUGUGUUUGAAUCUGGAUGUCGAAAUGAAUGUUUUUUUUUUUACAUUCUGAAGUGUAGCAGUCGUCUCAGCCCAGUUGCCAAUGACUGCACGAAAUGCCCACUAAAUUUAAAUUUGGUUUUAACUUUAUUUGCCCAAAUUCCAGCUUUGACCAUUAAAAAUAUUUGUUCAACUUGCCCAUGGUAUGAUUUUGUUGUAGCAGAGCAAUAUGGGAAAGUGCUGCCCCCUAGCGUGGCUGGUGACGGUCACUUGAGGGCAUCCUUUAAAAGUAGUUGUGUGAUAUCUGCUUCCACGAGCUGCUCGCUUAAUGCACAAGGCUGCGCGAGAGUUCCAAAACACCAAUGACGUCUCCUGACGCGAUGCUGAUGGCACAAUCGGGAUGAUAAAAUACAAACGCCAGUUUUGUGCACAGUUUCAUAGACUUUUAAUUGGCUUGUUCUGAAAAAAGAUCUACUGAUAAUGCUGUUUUAUAGAGUGAUUUUUAACUGCCGGGGUACAUCUACAGAGUGGCAACAUUUUUUCAGUGGUUGCCGUUUGGUUCUCCUACAGUGGCAAACAAACUUGGCAUGUUUGUUUUUUGAAUACAAUAUGCUAAAGUGUGCUUGAUAUGGCAGUCAAUCUUGGGUGGGUGGGGGAGGAAAUGACACCUUGUGUAAGGCGGUCACCUGGCACAUGUUGACGUUUGUCAUGCCACCUUACCAUUGUUGGUAAUCUCUCGCCUACGUUUUGGACAUUGUUUAUCAGGCCAAGGUCCAUCGGUGAAGGGUACCGUGUGCCGGUUGGUCGUGUCACCGUGGAGGCCAGCGGCAUUCGCCUGGGGGAGCGGCGGAGGGGCGCCUUCACAUCCCGCCACCCCAUCGGUGCCAGACAGGCGGUGCUGCCGACCCCCCCCCCCCCCCCCCUAACAUCCUGGACUCAAAUCGGACGGUACGAGAGAGACGGUGCCAGAAAGCCCGGCUGGCUAGCCCCCUCGGCCGGCCGCGUCACCGGCCAACUCGCCGCCGUUCAGGGCAUCCAAGCGGGGGAGACUCUGGUCUCGGGCUCGUCAGGGGCUACAAACCAAACGUGCGAGACGCCUCCCACCCGAGCACUUUUGCUGUAAGAGAAAGGACUCGGAGAGGGGGGGGGGGUGGUGGAGUGUCCGUGGACAAUAAAGCAACAGUUCAGGAAGUGUUCCACUGGUUAUGUGUCAAUAUCCGCUCUAUGCAGAUUCUGGUGAGACCGGUCCGACCCAAAACCGUAAGGGUGUCACGGGCUGGCCUCGAGGAGGGGAUUGGUUUGGUAACGGCACGAAGGACUGACUGCGUCUCCGGGCGCGUGCGACGCUGUGCGGUUACGCCGUGAUGCAGGAUUGCGACGAAGAUGGUGCAAGGGGGAGGAGGUUGCGCUACCGGUCGGUGGUAUGCGUAUGCAGUAAAGUCAAGCGAGGAUAAGUAAUGAAAUCAUAAAGGGUUGCUAACACAGCUGCCUCUAAAGUCUCAAUGUGGAACAAAUCGUAGCCGUUAAUGGUGCUGGCUGUUAGUACUGUUAGUGUCUCAACAGAUUAGGUUUUUUUUUUACAAUAGAUGCAUUAUUUUUGCAUCCCUUAAAUUUGAAUUUAAAUAAUUUAAUGGCAAGUGACCAUUUUAAACCCUAAUUUAUACGCAAUUGUGUUUGUCAAACGAAACUUAAGUACAGGGUUAGAAACAUGAACUACACUGCACAGUGUAGUCAUUUGUAAUGAAUUUUUUCCCACUUUAAAUGUUGCUGAAAUUUACAAAUUAAGCAAAGUCCCCAAGUUGUAAAGACAAUGAAAUAAAUACCUUCUCACGCUGAAAUACAACAAUGCCAUUAUUUAUAACUUUCUAAAAACAUUAACUACCUUUUUUAGAACAACAGCCCUUUUUUGAUACGUAAACAUUUUGACGACUCCAAAACCCUGACGUUUUCAGUUUGGCGUUUGCAAUAGGGGCGGGAGGCAAUGAUGUUGGCGACCCAGUGUCCGAUUUUUUUGUGUGUGGUGGAGGCAACGUGGUGUUGGCAACUCUGAAUGAUACAGAGCGUUGGGUGUUUUUUUUUUUCACUGUAGCUCUGUCCCGACCCACAAGACCUUGUUUUCCCAUAAUCCCGAGUGGCACUCUUGAGCUGAACGCAAUUGCUUGUGGUGCUGAGGAUGCUCUGUCACAAGUAAGAACAAUAACGUGGACUGCUUUUGCUUACUGCUGGACCUAGUGUUUGAUUUUUUUUUGUUAUGGAAGGGAGAAUAAUUUAAAAUCAGGACAAGACAACACACCCCUUUUUUCUAAGUUUCUACUUGGUAGAAACUCCUUCGGGGUUUUGUUACAUUUUUCAAGAGAACACUAAGUACAUAUCUGCCAGAACACCAAUGCCAAACUGUGACAUCACUUUGUAGUGUUUAUGCUUUCAUCAACCGAGCCUUAGCGUCACCUGGGAAUGUGUCGUAAAAAAAAAAAUGACCUUCCACAAGCCACCGUUUAAACUCCUACCCCGAGGUGGAAAAUCGUCUGCCACAGGUGCACUUUUUUUAUUUUGAGUAGAGCAGCAGGUGACCAUGGAUUAAUUUUUAAGUGCCAUAUAGGAUUCCUCUUAAAUCGCUGGUUAGCAUCGCCAUCCAGUCCCAAAUUUGCGCAAGUUUAACAGCAGCAACACUUUGUUUAUCACUACAAGAAUAGACUGCCGUGAGUGCUGUGUGUUUUUUUUUGACUGCACUCCAUUAACUUCUCUCGUGCGCAUGCACUCUACUCUGCCCUUAGUCACCGGACCCAGACACUCCCGAUGUUAAUGAUGCCCGUUUAAUUAGUCACUCCUGAGCUCGAUCAUUUUAGUCCCACCCACUUGCCCGGUCACAAUGUGGUGGUAUUCCACCAUCUACGCACCUCCGUUCUCCUGGAAGUCCUAUGCACCUUUUGAAAACUGUGACGCCCAUGAUUUAUACACAUGCAAGGUGUUGAUGGUGGUUAUCAACUUCAUGUAUUUUUGUUUCUGUGAUUUUUUUUAAGUGCACUUUUUUUCUAGAGAUGCCAUUGACUAACCAAAACCCAGAGCUGGCCAAUUGCCACUGAUAGAGAACAUUACGCAGUCAAAAUAGGGCAGCUACCUACCCCAUUCAAGUUGCAAACGCCACCCAUAAACGACAAAGUUGUGUCUGGCAAAACGUGGAUCAGAAGGUGACACUUUUUUUUGCUUGGGUUUUUCAUUUCUCCGCCCUCUCGACUGGAUUACAAAUGGAGCAGGCAUGCUGUGCAACUGCUUAAAUAAACAAAAAACUAAAAAACAAAGUAUUCGUUUAAAACAUUUUAUUUUUUGCUGAAUACAUUAGGAAUACAUUUCUUUCAUCGUAUGAUGUAAAUGUUUUAUAAUUUAAGUGCACACGUUUGCGCAAACAGUGUAAAGAAAAAAUAAUAUUUUUAAAUGUAUUUUUGCACAGAGGGUUAACGUCAUGAUUUUUAGAAUUCAAACCAUGAAGAAUCCUUUGAUAUGCUUUUUUUUCCUCUCUCCUUGUAUUUUUUAUUAUUAUUUAUUAUCGGAUUAUUUUUUUUGAAAAGCGAGAUUAUACAGUGGAAAGUUUACACCACUGGAUGUAUAGGAGGAGUUGUACUGCGCCUAUCCCAUCCAUGGAUCUGGAAACUGCCGCUCGCGUGGGCUCGGUGACGUGCUCGCUCGCCGCUUGGCUCAGCGCAGACACCAGCCAUGGACUCAAAAAAUAAAACAACGGUCCCUUAACUCAGCCAUACAUGGGUAUAUAGAAUAUACCUUGUCUGUUUUGUAAUAUAAAUUAAAAUUUAGGAAACUGUACCUUUUUAUGUGUACAUAUAGCUGCAUUUGAAUUUGUAGAGAAACAAAAUUUUGCCUACUUAUAAGCACUAUUUUAGCAUUAUCAGUUCUGUGCAAGUUUAUGCCUUAUUUAAAUCGUUGUGGCAGCGACCCAUGACAACAUGUACAUACAUAUUAAAAAAUUGGGACUCUGCGGAUACUGUACGUAAAGUGGAACAUCCAAGCGGCAAAUGCUUAAAUAAUUUUCAAUGCUGACACUUUGACUUUUUUCGUAGUGCAUGCUUUUUUUUGUCAAAUGCAGAACAAUGGGAAUUUUUUGGUGGGAGGAGGGGGGGGAUAUAUUAUUUUCCAUUCGGUAAAUCUGUACAAAAAUUGGUGCGAUUUUGUUAUGCGCCACCUUCGCUCGUUACAGAGUCGGGUGUCCAAGAUUGAUAAUCUCAUUGUGAUAUUUUCAAAAAAAACGGACGACGGAUUAGGGGGGUGCUCAUGGGUUUUUCACAAUCUGUGUUGUAUACUGUAAUGCUUUUUUGGAACGGACGAACAAACUGGCUAUAUUCCUUAAUGUCAUGGGUCAUACUAUUGACUGAAAAUACAAUUUUGAGCUGUGAGAUGUACAAUUUAAUGUUUUGUAAUGACCUUCUGCAAAUAAAAUUUA